GGGCUAUACGACAAAUGAUAAAACGAGAAGCCUUAGAAACAAGGUGAUGUAAUAGAUGAAUGUCAGCUCAUUGAUCAUAUUUGUGGUAGAUUGCAAAGUAGAAGUCGAAAUUCAAAGAGAGAACGAUGUUUUGAAGUGCCUUUUUUGCGACAAAACUUACCGUUCCGUGGAUUCCUUCAAAAAACACAUCGACAUCUGCAAACCUGACGGUAGCAAUGCAGGCCAGUAUCCAGGAACAACGUGAUGAAAAGUACGAGUAUGUGAAUUUGGCUGAUGAUAAUUCUAAGGAUAUGACAGCGGCAAUGAAGCUUGUUGCCAUGCCCAAAACAACAGCCAUGACAGCAACGCUAAUUUCAACGAAAAUAUCAAAAAUGCAGCGUGAUUAUGACCAAGCAAUCAUACAUGCGUGUCAAUCCAUGGAUGCGGCCGAAGCGGAAAAGAUCAAAGAUAAAUGGAUCAUUGAAAGAAUACCCUUGAAACCAUUUGCUCUCAUCAGCCGUGAUGAUGACGGAAUGAACCACCAUAAAAACAUCAAAAGCAUGAGCAACCGCACAUUCGAAUGCAGACCGAUUAUCCCAUCAAAGCAACCACUGGUCACCAAUGCGAUUGGAUCAAGCAUCUGCAACGACUUGGCAUCUUUGAUCUACAAGUCACCACAUCGAUGGCUGCUCGCAAGCCGUGAAUAUUUCGAAUUGGACGAUACUGUAGAACUAUUGCUCAAUAAGGAUUGGCUGCAUGAACCACCGGUCAAAUUUGCCUGUGCUCAGCAAACAAAGAGACGAACCGAGAAGAACAGGGAGAGAAGGGCGGGAACAACCAAGAUCACUUAG